AGCCGGGCCCGAGGCCGGAUGUGCCCCGUCGACGGCGUGGCCGCCGGGCGAGGGCCAGUUUAAGCAUCCCGGGAUCACUGGUGCUGGAAGACAUGGGUGAUGUCAGAGUUUUGUGACAGAAGUGGGUGCCGUUCCGGUUGGUAAGUUUCCGGAUUGGUAAAUUGCCCGAGGGAAACGAACAAAAAACGCUGGAAGAACGAGAAGAUGGAACAGUGGUAACAUCUCCUACUCGAGGACCCCACGUCGGUUCUAGGACCGUCCACGCUGAACUCAUUGAACUCCCGAAAGUUAACACGGAAGCUCCUUAAGACUACAGAUUUAUGACGUAAUUCUCUUAAAAAUAUUGCGUCAUAGUCCUUGAGAAGAUUUAAAAAAUAAAGGGGAAAUCGAUUGUAGCUUCUGGCGUCUCUCUUAUCUAUUUUGGGUAGAUACUAGGUAACGAACUGUAAAGCGCACAGACGUACCAAAUUUUGCUGGAAGAAAUCCUGGAAAAGCUAUUAAAAGUUGAUCUCCCAAUUAGCGAGUAAAGGACUGGAGAACUCACUGCACUCAUGGCUUUCACAAAUUACAGCAGUUUGAAUCGAGCUCAACUAACUUUUGAAUAUCUGCAUACAAAUUCAACUACUCAUGAAUUCUUGUUUGGUGCUCUUGCUGAACUGGUUGAUAAUGCAAGAGAUGCUGAUGCCACAAGAAUAGAUAUUUAUGCAGAAAGGCGAGAUGACCUUCGAGGAGGAUUUAUGCUUUGCUUUUUGGAUGAUGGAGCAGGAAUGGAUCCAAGUGAUGCUGCCAGUGUGAUCCAAUUUGGGAAGUCAGCCAAACGAACACCUGAGUCCACUCAGAUUGGGCAGUAUGGGAAUGGGUUAAAAUCGGGCUCAAUGCGCAUUGGGAAGGAUUUCAUUCUCUUCACCAAGAAGGACGACACCAUGACCUGCCUCUUUCUGUCUCGUACCUUUCACGAGGAGGAAGGCAUUGAUGAAGUGAUAGUCCCUUUGCCCACCUGGCAUGCUCGGACCCGGGAUCCUGUCACAGACAAUGUGGAGAAGUUUUCCAUUGAGACAGAACUCAUUUAUAAGUAUUCUCCCUUUCGCAAUGAGGAAGAAGUGAUGACCCAGUUCAUGAAGAUUCCUGGGGGCAGUGGAACGCUGGUGAUCAUUUUCAAUCUCAAACUCAUGGAUAAUGGAGAACCAGAGCUAGACAUAAUCUCAAAUCCACGAGAUAUCCAAAUGGCAGAGACUUCUCCAGAGGGCACGAAGCCAGAGCGACGCUCAUUCCGUGCCUAUGCUGCUGUGCUCUACAUUGAUCCCCGAAUGAGGAUCUUUAUCCAUGGGCACAAAGUGCAAACCAAGAGGCUUUCCUGCUGCCUGUACAAGCCCAGGAUGUACAAGUACACAUCAAGCCGCUUCAAGACCCGUGCAGAGCAGGAGGUGAAGAAAGCUGAGCACGUAGCCCGGAUUGCUGAAGAAAAGGCACGGGAAGCGGAGAGCAAAGCUCGAACAUUAGAACUACGCCUAGGUGGAGACCUCACACGGGACUCGAGGGUGAUGUUGCGACAGGUCCAGAACACAGCCAUUACCCUGCGCAGAGAAGCUGAUGUCAAGAAGCGCAUCAAAGAGGCCAAGCAGCGAGCACUUAAAGAACCUAAGGAACUGAAUUUUGUUUUUGGGGUUAAUAUUGAACACCGGGACCUGGAUGGCAUGUUUAUCUACAACUGUAGCCGGUUGAUCAAAAUGUAUGAGAAAGUGGGCCCACAGCUGGAAGGGGGCAUGGCAUGUGGCGGGGUUGUUGGGGUGGUUGAUGUGCCCUAUCUGGUCUUGGAGCCUACACACAACAAGCAGGACUUUGCUGAUGCCAAGGAGUACCGGCAUCUGCUGCGGGCAAUGGGGGAACACCUGGCACAGUACUGGAAAGACAUUGCCAUUGCCCAGCGGGGAAUCAUCAAGUUUUGGGAUGAGUUUGGUUACCUCUCUGCCAAUUGGAACCAGCCACCAUCCAGUGAGCUUCGAUACAAACGCAGGAGAGCUAUGGAAAUCCCAACCACCAUCCAGUGUGAUUUGUGUCUUAAGUGGCGUACCCUCCCCUUCCAGCUGAGUAGUGUGGAAAAAGAUUACCCUGACACCUGGGUUUGCUCCAUGAACCCUGAUCCUGAGCAGGACCGGUGUGAAGCUUCUGAACAGAAGCAGAAGGUUCCCCUGGGAACAUUCAAAAAGGACCUGAAGACACAGGAAGAGAAGCAGAAGCAGCUGACAGAGAAAAUACGCCAGCAGCAGGAGAAGCUGGAGGCCCUUCAGAAAACCACACCCAUCCGCUCCCAGGCUGACCUGAAGAAAUUGCCCUUGGAAGUGACCACCAGACCUUCCACAGAGGAACCAGCACGUAGACCUCAGCGUCCUCGGUCACCCCCAUUACCUGCUGUGAUCAAGAAUGCCCCAAGCAGACCCCCUUCCCUGCAUACUCCUAGGCCAACCAACCAGCCCCGAAAGGCUCCUGUUAUCAGCAGUACCCCAAAGCCCCCUGCCCUGGCAGCUCGGGAAGAGGCCAGUACUUCCAGACUGCUGCAGCCACCUGAGGUACCCCGAAAGCCUGCUAAUAAUCCAGUCAAGACAUCACCUCGGAUUGCCUCUUUGGUGCAGCCACUGUCACCAUCUCCACUUCCUAAUUCCAAAAGUCCUCGGGAGGUCCCUGUCCCCAGAGCCAUCAAGACUCCAGUGGUCAAGAAGCCAGAGCCACCCAGUAAACCCUCUCCGGCUACUCCUAGUCGUAAGCGAACUCUUGCGGUCUCUGAUGAGGAAGAAGCUGAGGAGGAGGCUGAUAGGAGGAAGGAAAGGUCCAAGCGGGGCAAGUUUAUUGUGAAGGAGGAAAAGAAGGACUCAAAUGAGCUCUCAGACAGUGCUGGGGAAGAGGACCCAGCUGAUCUCAAGAGGGCUCAGAAAGAUAAAGGAUUGCAUGUGGAGGUGCGUGUGAACAGGGAGUGGUACACGGGCCGUGUCACAGCAGUGGAGGUGGGCAAGCAUGUGGUGAGGUGGAAGGUGAAGUUUGACUACGUGCCCACAGAUACAACACCAAGAGACCGCUGGGUGGAGAAAGGCAGCGAGGAUGUGCGGCUGAUGAAACCCCCUUCUCCGGAGCAUCAGACCCCUGAUACACAGCAGGAGGGUGGGGGGGAGGAGGAGGCAGUGGUGGCCCAGCAGGCUGUAGCCAUGGCAGAGCCCUCUACUUCUGACUGCAUUCGCAUCGAGCCUGACACCACUGCCCCGAGCACCAACCAUGAGACCAUUGACCUGCUCGUCCAGAUCCUCCGGAAUUGUUUACGGUAUUUCCUGCCUCCAAGUUUCCCCAUCUCCAAGAAGGAGCUGAGUGCUAUGAAUUCAGAUGAGCUAAUAUCAUUUCCUUUGAAAGAGUACUUCAAGCAGUAUGAAGUGGGGCUCCAGAAUCUGUGCCAUUCCUACCAGAGCCGCGCUGACUCACGAGCUAAGGCCUCUGAGGAGAGCCUGCGGACCUCUGAGAGAAAGCUCCGUGAAACAGAGGAGAAGCUGCAGAAGCUGAGGACCAACAUCGUGGCGCUCCUGCAAAAGGUGCAGGAGGAAUCUGUGGUUCCAACUCUGGCUGCACAGCAUCCUGACCAGGAGGGCUGGAGGUGGUGCGGCUGCCUGGGCCUCAUCCCAGCCAGACCCACGGACAUUGACAUCAACACAGAUGAUGAGCUGGAUGCCUACAUUGAGGACCUGAUCACCAAGGGGGACUAAAGGAUUGACAGCCAGAGAUCAGCUCCCUUGCCCCUAAAGGCAGAGUCCCUGGGGGGUGGUAUUUCAUUCAUGGGAUGAUCGUCUUGCCUUGGUUUGACUCAUGUGGGACAUUUGUGCUUUUGGAGGAAAAGAUCUCUGAUUCUUUGAAUCUUCUUCCCUAAGUUUAUAAAUAUUUAUUUUUUAAAAGAAACAA